GAGAGAGAGAGAGUGCAGAGCGACAGCAGGGCGCUCUGUAAACAGGCUGUCAGAAAAGAAAGUGCAUGGACAUUUUCAUCUGCUACAGCCGAAGCAGAGCGUUGCGUAUAACAAGGAUAACCACAGGCGGGAGGGAGAGAGCGAGAGAGAGAAGACUUAAUUAAUUCAUGCAGGAGGGGAGAGAUGUUUCUGCCGCUGACUGAGCUGGUUCCAGCACUGCCUGUAGCAUUUUGCUUGUGAGCCCUGAUCCAUGCUGUGACCGUGACAGCACUCAGAUCAGCCAGGAUUUGACGGACACCAUCACCUGAACAAGCAGAGGCCUGGACACGCUACUCUGAUUCUGCUUCUGUGAAAUCAAUAGGAAAAAAUUAAUCUUUACCCAGACAGCAAUACCCACACAGACCCAGAAGAAGAUCCAUACCUAAAUGCCCUCAGUGCAUCUAUUAAUCAGAUGACGUUUCUGCUCAACUGUGGUUUUCAAAACUGUCCUGGAGCUUCCCAGCACUGUCUCCCUCAUCUAACAAACCCGAUUCAACUCAUCAGCUCAUUGCUAGAGAUGAAGUAGGUCUGAAAAGAUUGAAAAUUUCAGCCUCGGUGGAAAGGUCAUUACUUGCUCCUCCGUGUGCACCGGUCAUCUCCCCACCACAGAGCAACUCCAAUCCCAGCCCCUACCGGUGGCCCGGCACGCCUCACCUUCACAGAGCCCUCAUCCUUGUGUCCCUCCUUUGUUUUGCAACUCCACGUCAGGGACGCCAAUUGACCAUCUGUUACUAAGAAAAGGCAACAUGAUCAUGCCAGAUCAUACCUUCUUCUCAUACCUCACCUGAGGACGAUCAGUGUGGUUCCCCCGGCUCAUUGUGAGCACUCUGACCGGCGAGAUGGGAGACUGGGUGUGCCUGAGCCCAGCCGAAUUCUCCCAGCUGCAGCAGUACAGCGAGUAUUCCUCCAAGAAGCUAAAAGAUGUCUUGGAAGAGUUUCAUGGAAAUGGUGUCCUCUCCAAGUACAACCCUGAACAGAAGCAAGAUGUUCUCAACCAACCCAUCGACUAUGAGGGCUUCCAGCUAUUUAUGACGACCUAUCUGGAGAUUGACAUCCCUGAGGAACUUUGCAAACACCUCUUCACCUCCUUCAAGAGCAAGAAUGGCGGAGGCAGCUCCCCUGACACCUCUCGAUCUGGAGCAGGCAUGCUGGGUAAAUGCUCUUUCAAAGUCUGUAUGAAUGGGAAGAGUAUUUUGAGCGCAGUGAGCCGACAUACACCAGAGAACUCAGCUGGGAUCACUCCAGGCUCAGGGGCCACCACAUCACCCUGCUCCUCCCGCUCCUCCUCACAACGCUCAGGCACAGGGGGCCACACACCCAGAGGCUCCCACCGUUCACCCGGCACACAGCCCAAUCCCCCAGCGAGCAGCAGCAGCAGCAGCAAUGCUUUGGCUCUUUCCAAGACUACCAACUCCCCACGCCUCUCCCCAGAGCGUAAUCAAUCAGAAAAUCGUACAUCUCUCCGGAGGAGUCCUUCUCCACAAAAAGGAUCUCCGUCACCUCAAGUGGUCUUCCUUAAAGACAUUGUGUGCUACUUGUCCCUGCUGGAGAGGGGGACGCCAGAGGAUAAACUUGAGUUCAUGUUCAGGCUGUACGACACAGAUGGCAAUGGUCUUCUGGACAGCUCAGAGCUCGACCGCAUCAUAAACCAGAUGGUCCAUGUAGCUGAGUAUCUAGAAUGGGACUCUACAGAACUACAACCAAUUCUGAAGGAGAUGAUGGAGGAGAUUGAUUAUGACCGGGAUGGUACGGUCACAUUAGAGGAGUGGAUCAGAGGAGGAAUGACCACCAUACCACUCCUGGUCCUGCUGGGAAUGGGGACGAAUGUACAGGAAGAUGGGCAGCAUGUAUGGAGACUGAAGCAUUUCAACAAGCCAGCAUACUGUAAUUACUGCCACACUAUGUUGUUAGGAGUAAGAAAACAGGGCCUUUGCUGCUCACUAUGCAAGUACACAGUCCACGAGCGCUGUGUGUCCAAAGACAUUGCUCCUUGCAUUAGCACCUACGCCAAGUCCCGCAGACACACCAAUGCUAUGCAGCAUGUUUGGAUGGAGGGCAACUCCCCAACAAAAUGUGACAAAUGUCACCGCAGUAUCAAGUGCUAUCAAGGUCUAACAGGCCUUCACUGUGUUUGGUGUCAAAUCACUCUCCAUAACAAGUGUGCGUCUAAUGUUAAGCCUGAAUGUGACGGUGGGCCAUUAAAAGAUCACACACUCCUGCCGUCGUACAUCUGCCCUGUUGUUCUGGACCGUCAUUCUGCCGUCAAAAGAGGUGAAGGAGAAUCAUCCCCCAGCGCCAGCCCUGAGGACACCAGCCAGUGCUUCAAGUUCACCGGUGACGGUCAGGCACUGCAGAUCACCCCUCUGCCUGGGACGCACCCCCUCCUCGUGCUGGUUAAUCCUAAAAGUGGCGGUCGGCAGGGAGAGAGGGUGCUGCGGAAAUUCCAGUACCUGCUUAACCCCAGACAGGUGUACAGUCUGGAUCGAGGAGGACCCAUGGUGGGGCUCAACUUUUUUCGAGACGUGCCCAAUUUCCGCGUGCUGGCCUGUGGAGGCGAUGGAUCAGUGGGGUGGAUUUUGGAUUAUAUUGAUAAGUCCAAUUUUGCUCGGCAUCCACCUGUUGCGAUCCUGCCGCUGGGUACCGGGAAUGACCUCGCUCGCUGCCUGCGCUGGGGUGGAGGCUAUGAAGGAGGCAAUCUGGUCAAGUUCCUCAGGGAUAUCGAGCACAGCACCGAAGUGCUGCUUGACCGCUGGAACAUCGACAUUGUCCCCGAUGAUAAGGAGGAGAAGGGCGACCCUGUGCCCUACAGCAUAGUGAACAACUACUUCUCCAUUGGAGUGGAUGCAUCAAUAGCACAUCGCUUCCACCUGAUGAGGGAGAAACAUCCAGAGAAGUUUAACAGCAGGAUGAAAAACAAGUUGUGGUACUUUGAAUUUGGCACCACAGAGACCAUCUCAGCCACUUGUAAAAAGCUGAACGAGUGUAUUGAGGUGGAGUGUGAUGGCAUCAUUUUGGAUCUCAGCAGCACGUCUCUGGAGGGUAUCGCUGUGCUCAAUAUUCCCAGCAUGCACGGGGGCUCAAACCUGUGGGGCGAGACCAAGAAAAGACGGAAUUACAAUCGCAUGAGUAAGAAAGUGCCAGAGAGAAUGACUGGCAGCACUGUCACCGAUGCCAAGGAGCUCAAGUUUUGUGUGCAAGAUCUGAGUGAUCAGCUUCUGGAGGUGGUGGGUUUGGAGGGAGCAAUCGAGAUGGGUCAGAUCUACACAGGUCUCAAGAGCGCUGGGCGGCGUCUUGCACAGUGUUCCAGUGUCACCAUCAGAACGUCCCGUCUGCUGCCCAUGCAGAUUGAUGGAGAACCGUGGAUGCAGCCUCCAUGCACGAUACGGAUCACGCAUAAGAACCAGGUGCCCAUGCUGCUGGGACCCCCACAGAAAACGUUCUUCUUCUUCAAGAAGCUUAACAGAAGUCGGGACUAGAUGUGGGACUCCAAAAAUCAACCACUUUUCUACAAUCAUAAACUCAAGCAUCUCCACCUUCCUCAGCUAAUUCUUCAUCUUUGGGAGGUGGGACCCAAAGAGAAGAGACCUUUAAAAACACAACACUCAAUACAAUCAAUACAAACACAACACUGUAAUGGAUCUCUAAUGGACUCCCAUCUCCCAUCACAGCCUGAUAUUCACAGGCUGAACCAGUUGAACAGACCCUCUCAGAGUGUCACGACCACUUCCUGUGUCUUAUCAUCCAGAACGUCUUAUCACAGGCUUGUGACCUGUAAGCUAUGACUCAAUUCCAACCAAAUCCCCCCCUACCAGUAGGCCACUGCCUUGGGAUCACACUGUGUGCCCUCUCCCUCCUCUUGAGACAGCUCAUCAGAAGAUACUGCCAAUUUCAAAGAGAGGAAGAGAGGACCAGAAAAGCAAGAGACUCGCCUAGCAAAAGGAAAAGAAGUGUGUGAAAAAAAAGAAAGAGAGCGAGAGACACCGUGGCAUGAUAAUGUUCUUCAUAUGAGAGUUGGUGGUGCACAUAUGGACGUCACUGGGUCCUGGCUUAUCCUAGCAGGAACAGAGAACAAACUUUCCUCCUAAAGGAGCUUACUGAAUUAUACAUCAGUGCAUGCAAAGCACACAUUCCAGUGUCUCUCCAAGGCCCUGUGACACGCCACCACUAAAGAGAUGAAACAGCAUACUCAUCUAUUAUGAAGAUGUGUAUGGGGGUCUGGUGAUAGGGAUAGGUUAGACUGGCCUGAAAGAGAUGAAACAUUUCAGCUUCUGGUGUUGGCUCAAGGCAGUUUUGGUGUUCACCCUCAGGCCUCAAGACUGACCAGUGCAAGUUGUGUUAUAGUUAGCUGGAGGUUUAUUUAAUCCCAUACUGCCCUCUAAAACAACAGUGCUAGCGUUCAGUGUGGAGAAUGGACCUAAGGUCUCAAAAAUUCAGUAUAUGUUUAGAAAACCCUUAGAAGAGAGAAUUGGUGUACUAAAACAGUUUUACCAAUGAGAAUUUAUAUCAUAGCAAUGUGGCAAUUUGUGUAAUAAUAUGAUGAUUUUACCUUAUUUUUUAAGCCAAAUCAAAUUAGCGUACCAUUAAGUUUGGGAGUAGAUUCUGUCGAUAAAAUACAUCUACACCAGCCUAUGCUGUUUGCUAGAUUCAGAGGGGUUUGAGAACUAUUCAACUUGGAGACUUGCAGGUAACCCAGUUGAAAACCAUAAUAAACUUUUCACACCAAUACAAAUGUACGGCACAGAAAUUCGGUCCAGAUUUCACAUGUGAUUUUUGUCUGUUCAGACCAAUGCAAAAAAUGGAAGAAUGACUGAAAGAAGAAUGCAAAUUCACUCUAUGACAGUAGUUGGCACUUAAAUGAGUUUUUUUGUAACAGCAUGUGGCAUGUUACUCAGGGCAUGUGAUCAAAAAAGUGAGAAUCUUAUUGGUUGGCUGGUUUUCUUGAUAAUGCAGUCUAUUCAAAAAGAGAUUAGAAUAUCUUUCUGAAAAACAGAAUCUUCGCUCUAAACAUCCAUCUUGGUGUGAACAGGUCUUACACCAGCUAGGACCGUCAAACCAGUUUAGGCCAGUUUUACGUGUUUUAUCAGCAAUGAUUUUAAUUAUUUAAAAAUAUAUAUAUAUAUUUUUUUUUUUUACCAAAGGAACAUUGAGGACAUAAUGAUAACACUUUAUUUUUUGUAGUGACAAUGUUUCAUUUGUUAACAUUUGUUAAUGCAUUAGAUGUCAACAACUAAAACUGAAAGUAUAUUUACAGCAUUUAAUAAUUUCGCUUAACUUUAAUUCAUAAAUGUAAUUGCUUGGUUCAAGUUCAAUACCACCACAUAAAUUUAAACUAUUGUUCAUUGUUAAUUAAUGUAUAUUCAUAUUAUGUUAAAUAAUGCAAUACAACCUGAAAAAUCUGAAUAUGUGAAGACAUUAACAUUGACCAGAAUAAAUCCUGUUAAAUAAAAAAGUCCUGUAAAAAUAUUUUUAAUUGUUAGCUCAUGAUGCAUUAACCAAUGCCAACAAAAUAAAUAUUGCUUUAUUUUGUUAGAGUAAAAAUUUAAAAAGAAUAAUUUGCUACAUAUUUCUGAGAAAACAGAAAGCCUCUUCACUGCAAGCGUACAGCAUCUCCAUUCAGAGGCGGGCUGAAAUUGAUCUUGCACUGGUAUUAACACUGAAUCCUCUGGUCCUCGUCUGUCACAACAAGCUACUGCAGUGGGGUUUGAUUUACUGCUGCAUGGAUGGAGCCUAAAUUUAACUUCCUAUUUCAGGGAGUGAAACACUAUUCCUAAUUGCAGCAUGAAAACAUGAGCUCGCAAUUUCAGGUCGACAGUCAAGCGGGUGUGAAAGCGUCCCAGAUGAAUGCAGAGAACGGAAGUUACUUGCGGUCAACAACGGUGACUUAGAGAUCCAAAAAGUGAGCUUUUAAAAAAAAAUUAGCCCUUCUGAGAAGGCCCGUAAAGAGUAUUUAACUUAAAGAUGCCCACUAAUUAUCAGUAUUCGUAUAAUCCAAGAGCCCUGUGUGCAUAUAUAUGAAUGUGUUUGAAGGUAUAACUUAAUAUAGUAUCAGAGAUUAGCUAAUGGGUCACAUGAUUGACUGUAGCCAUCAGGCAGAUGUGCCUGAUAUAGAUCAACAUGCAGUGAUCAUCAGAUGCUUUCGCAGUGUGCCGUAGGGUGCAAAGGUCUGUGUUGGGACUGUAUAUAUAUUUCACCAAUACAGAACUGGGGUCAGAUUGACUUAAGGAAACUGAGCUUAUACCAGGGUUAGCAGGUUAACGUUCCCUUUAAAGAACACUGAACCGCAGAAGCUACGCCAGUGUCCUAAAAAAUGCUAAUCUCUCCAUAUGACCACAGAACAGACGUUCACCUCCAGCCUGUGAGUCAGUUUAUCAUAGAAGUUAAUGGUGGAUUUGGCUAAAAGAGCCCCAUUGUUCCUGUGGUCAUUGGACAGAUGGUUUAUCCUGCGUGACAGCCUGGACUUUAAAGAACGGCGGUUUGGUUACAAGUGCAUGUUUACAACUACUUUUCAUUUUACAGUUUAGAAUGAUUUUAAACAGUCAUGUAUAUAUAGAUAUUGUUUAUAUUUUCUCUAAAGUUUAACCACCGCAUGCCUGCUGAAACAAAGAAGACAAAGACGCCUGCUUGAAGAGGGACCACGCUGGUUGUUGCUACUUUAUUAGUUUCACAUGAUUAUAUUUUUGAACCUUAUCCAGCCCCUUGUAUCUACCCCCUUUCCUCAAUCCAUUAGUAGCAUGUUCAUUUUACAAGUACCUCUGUGGAUGUUCUCUGUUCUGUUUUGUAUUUUGUAAACUGAGGUUUGGCAUCAGUGUAUGCCAGUUGAUAGUCGACUGAGGAAUGUCACGUUGGGGAAAUGUCAUUUCUAAAUCGUCACCUUUUGUGUCAUUUCUGUGAAUUACUGAUAGCCUUAACUUACCAAUACAAAAUAGCAUUUUGCCUGGAGCAAAGACUUUUGCAAUACAAGUCACUGAGAAAAAAUCAACCAAAUGAAGGAACAAAAUGGAGGGGGGGGGGCGAGAGGUCAACAUCUGUUUUGCCUUGCUGCAAUAACUCGUUUUUGUUAGUGUCAUCAUAUCGGCCUACUCGCUCUCAGAGAAGAGUGGUGAUAGAGCGAUGUCCUGCACAUCACAAAUGAGCUCCAUGAUGUCCCUGACACCACAUAUGUCUUCAUUUGUUGACUGGACAGCUUUUAUCUAUUAUUUGUGGCUUCCCUGGAACUGUGAUUGCUCAAUCUGCCCAUCACUGUCUCUUCUCUCAUAACAAUAACACGAUUGUAUCUGUCAAACCGUGCUGCCUCUUGCAGGGUUGUGCUCUCUUCAGAACUGAAUUUUAAAUUCUAGUUCUAAAUCUGAAUUGGGUUUUUGAAUUAAAAAUGAAUUGUUAUUCAAAUAAUUAAUGUGUCACAAGAGGAAAAAUAAAACAGCUUGUCAAAGCCUUUUUUGAAAGUUUUGCCAAAAGUCUUGAAGAUCGAGGGGGGUUUGUUGGCCUGAUAAUCAGAGAGCAAUGGAUGGACGAAAGAACAUAAUUUUUUCAGGAUGCAUUCACAGUUGAUUUCUCUUUAAAUUACAAUUCAAUACAUUCCUCUUCCUGUCAUUCCAAUUCAAAUUCAAACUCAUGAGUGGUAAGGAACACGAUUUAGUUCAUUUCUGAAUUUUGCUCAACCCUGGCAUCUUGAGACCAAACCUGGAAAGAUUUUUAAGUAUGGUGAACCAGAAUCCUGGACUUAAACAUGGAGAGACAAUACGGCUUAUCUCAGUGCAGCUCUAUUCUUAGCUGGGACAGAUGAGCGGUAUUGAGUGCCACUGAUGCAGUAGAGCCCAUGUCAACCCUGAAUGUGAUGUUCUACAUGUGUGCUUAACUCACUGUCUUAUUCCUGCCUUAGGGUAAGUGUGGUUUGUAGCAGUCCAUCUGUGUGUGGUAGGCAACAAGGUUCAAGGACAGGAGUCCUGAAGACUGGGAUGGGGUUAAAGGGUGAAUCGUGCCCUUGAAAGCCCCUUCUCUGUUACUCUGGUUCUUGUAAGCUGUUGGCAUCCAUGUUAAUGGACAAAAGAGUUUUAUUGAAUAAACGGAGAGACUGAA